AUGUCCAAACGUCGACCAAAAAGAAGCAUUGCGCCUUCUUCACCUGAUUUUUACGAAAGUUUGCAAUUUCAAAAUGAUGGCUACAUAAAAGUAAGGGAACUGGUAUCACACGUUGUGAUUGAAAAAAAUAUUGUUUUGAACACAACAAUGAAUAAGACUAUGGUGCAGCAUACGCCUGAGCCUAUAGCAAAUGGAGCAGCUUACAAGCUCACGCGAUGGAAAAAAAGGAUUAACUGUAUAUCAAAGGACCUCGCAAAUAAUGAAGUAAAAACUCGUAAAAGAGAUAGGGUGCUUGAAUGGCUCAGAAGAAAUUUAUUAAAAGAAGAUAUUGAAAUUCUUUCCCAUAAAAAAAAAUCGAGUAGCAUUGAUUCGCAUUUUUUGCCGUCCCAAGUUGUAGUUGGAUGUUCAAGAGAACUAAGUAAACCCGCAUCGCCUCAAAUUUUGAAAGAUGCGGAAUUUAGCGCCAAGGAAAACGUUGUUGAACGUCGUUUUAAUAUUUCUAGUUGUCCUGUGAAAAGAAAUUUUAACACUUUAGUCUUUGAAGUGGAUGGUGACGGUGGCACCUACUAUUCCUCCCUUAGGGAUUCCUACAAAAAUACUAUCAAAAGACCAAUAAAUCCAUCUUCCUCUCAAUUUUUUGUCGGUAAACAGCAUCGAACAAAUUUUUGA